CUCUGCCUGCAGGACCACCAGUUAACGGUGGAGACCACAUGGUCAUGCAUCGUACUGUAUGCGGCUGAUCGUCCUCAGAAACAUUUGAAGGUAGCAUAGCCUGAAGGAACAAUCGACCAAGCUCGUACCUGUACCCACAACCAAGCAGCGCUGACUCCAUCAAGCAUACGCCCUUACCAUCCCGAGCAGGAAUAUCACCACAUCGCACAUGGAGUAGACCCGCCAGCUAGUUGCUAUCUUGUCCAGCUGCGAAGGGUCUGAAAAGGAUAGUAGAAAAUGAUGAUCAUUGGAGUCAGCGAUGGUAUAUAAGAGCUGGCUUUCUUCGCAUUACUCUCUUCUUUUGCUUCAGCAGCGCAUCAUCCAUUCUUUCUCUCACUCCAACCCCUGCCAUUCUUUAUCAAUAUUCACUUAUACUCAUAAUUUUGAAUCCUUCUCUUCCAUUUCUAUUCAUCGAACACCAUUGAUCAAAAUGAAGGCCUCUUUCAUCACCAUCCUUGCUACUCUGGCCACCUCGGCCAUCGCUGCCCCUACUGGUGGUCUCUCUGGACUGACUGAAGUCACCAAGACCGUGACAUCGGGUUCAGUCGUCUCCAGCAACGUGGUUUCUACCCCUGUCGCCAGUUCUGGCGCCACCGGCCACAUCGUCCAAAACGCUGGCAGCAGUGUCAAUCAGGUCUUGACUGUCACUGGCCCUAACGCCAAGAAGCUUCUCAUCCAACUGAGUCCUGAUGUUGCCAGUCUCCUCUCCGGCCUGGGCUUGCCCUCCAUUAAAGCCUCUGUUGGUUCUAUUGUUAAGUCAGCUGCGUCUGUUGGCGACCUCAUCAAGGAUCUCGGCCCUGCUGUUGACGGUCUCCUCACCGUUGUCGGCAAGGAUGUCGGUGCUCUUCUGAUUCAGCUUGACCCCGAGGUUGCGGGUCUGGUCACCGGGCUUGGACUGCCCGGUGUUGGUGUCCCUGUUGGCUCAGUGGUGGGCACCCUUGGCGAGAAUCUCAAGCGCUCGCCCGAUGGAAAGAUUGUUGAGGAUCUUUCCCCUAAGGUCAAAGACGUCCUCGAAGUCACCGGCACUGAUUCUAAGCGCCUUCUCGUCCAGCUCAGCCCUUCUAUCGCCUCCCUCGUUUCUAACCUCGGUCUCCCCAGCGUUGGAACUUCCGUUGGCCAGAUCAUCAAGACUCCUUAUCCAGCUUUCUUCUGACGUUGCCGCCCUCCUGACUGGCCUUG